AUGCAGAUGGGAAAUGGGAUCAAGAAAAGCCUUUACAGACAAAGAGCCCACGCCAAUCCAUUCAAGGACAGCAACAUCACCGUUCCUCCGAGCCCUCAGCUUAUAGACUGGUCUUCUUACUUCAGAAUGAAUAGAAGGCCGGAUUUCGUUGAUAUCGGGUGUGGAUACGGAAAGUUCCUUAUGAAGGUUGCCGAGAAGAAUCCAGAGCACAGCAUACUGGGCCUCGAGAUCAGAGACAAAGUGUGUGAGUAUGUUAAGGCAAGGAUAGAAGCCGCCGGGAUUCCAAAUGCCGGGGUCAUGAGAACAAAUGCAUUGAUUUUCCUCCCGAACAUAUUCAGUAGAGGCCAGCUGACCAAGAUCUUUAUUUUAUUCCCCGACCCUCACUUCAAAAAGAGGAAGCAAAAGGGGCGCAUUGUGUGCCGGCAGAUGAUGGAGAUGUACGAGUACCUGCUAGCGGACGGGGGAAAGUUGUAUAUAUCUACCGACGUGAAGGAGUUGUUUAACUGCAUGAUGGAGGCCGUUCUGGGACAUGGAGCAUUCAGGGCAUUGUCUGAGAACGAAGUGGAUGGAGAUGAGUUGUUCCAUAUGAUUUCUAGGGACACGGACGAGGCGCUGAGGGCCGGAGCCAAGGCAGGAAAGGUGUUUUCGAAGGUUUUUGAAAUAAAGAAAGAUUGGCACUACUCCUUUCAUCUUCGACUCCAGAGGAGUAUUGGGCAAAGCAGCUCCUUUUGA